AUGAUCCACCACCAACAGAUACAGCAGCGCUGCAUCGAGGAGGCCCCAAAUGCUGUCCCCAACCGUGCACCCCAUACUGUCGAUCCUAUUGUUGAGGAGCGCAUCUCUCGCCUUCUACAGCAGAUGCGCCAGAAUGCCGUCGCCGCCGCUGAGGAUUCACCCUCUCCUUCGUCUAUCCUUUCUCAUAUGGCCAAGGCCCGCAAGGAUGAAGGCAAUAUGGAUGAGGAUGAGAGUCUCCUCACUAGUGAGGAGGGCAGGAGGUUGAGCAGCAAGUAA